AUGUUAGAGGGAAGCUCAAAUAAUCCAAUUGUUGAUGCUGUUUUAAAUAUACACCAACUGCUAAACGUCUCCAAUGCUCAGAAAACCCUCAAUAACUCACCUCCUGAUUAUGAAGCUUCUUUGUAUGAUAUACAGGGAAUAGAAUCCCCAUCAUCACCAAAUUCAAAAGCUAGACUCAUCUCAAACAUUUUAUUUACUUAUUCAGUAUCUUCAGGAUCAAUAGCUGUCAUGAGUGCCUUUUGUGCAAAUCAGAAAAAACAUAACAAGAUGUUUGCAGAGAAAAUUUGUACAGUGUUUGCUUCAAGUGUUGUUAUUGGAAUCACUUCAAUUUUAUCAUAUAUGACAUAUCUUGAUAUUGGUAUUCUUGAAACUUUGAUACUCCCAGUGAAAUGGUUAUUCAAGUCAGUACUCUUCAAUGGUGGUGCCAAUACGGAUCAAUUAGUUUAUAGUAUUCCACAAUAUCAUUGGCAAAAUUAUUCUUCAGUUUUAAAUGAAUUUAGCAAAACUGGAAUAACUAUUAAUGAUGUUAGUUAUGAAUACGGAAUCUUGGGGAUUGACAAUUUACCAUAUUUUUACAAUCCAAGUUUUAACAUUACCCUAGGGCAAAGUACAACAAACAUAUAG